CUUAAUCAUUUACCUACAAGCAACAAUGGCAAUCCAACAGUCUCUGCUUGAUGCUCCCAAAGCUACUUCUCGCUGCAAAUCUCUCUAUCUGAUUCUCUCCUUAGCUGCUAUUAUAGGCUCGGUUACACUUCUUUCCAUCCAAGUUAUGAUCAAAACCAGCUCCUCUAAUUCUCCUCCAGGAGUCAUGAUUGCUGAUGUUGAUCUACUACAAGGGCUCCUAGAGGAAUCCACACCACACUUGCAACAAGCCCUUGAGACGGCGAAAGAUGCUUAUGCUAAGAUCAAUGACCCUAAAGAUCGAGCGGCUCUUGUCGAUUGUGUGGAGCUCAUGGAAGUCACCAUGGACAGGAUUCUUGACUCUAGAGUGGCUCUCAAGAACUUGAAGGUGCAAAAUACCAUGGAAGAUGUUCAUACAUGGCUUAGCAGCGUACUCACUAACCAUGUCACAUGCUUGGAUGGACUAAAAGGACUAUCAGCCCGGACUAUAAUGGAGCCUAGGCUCAAUGGCUUGAUAUCCAAGUCAAAAGCCUUCCUAGCCAAGUUGGUUGAAAUUUCUCCAUCAAAAGAGAAAGUGAUCGGUGAUCAGCCACUGGAAAUCGGAGAUUUCCCAACAUGGGUCAAAAGGAGGGACCGGAGGCUAAUGUCGAGGGAUUUUCAGAAGGGAGUUGAGGCCAAUGUUGUGGUGGCAAACGAUGGGAGUGGGAAAUACAAGACUGUGAAAGAAGCCGUGGCAGCAGCACCAGAUAAGAGCACAACCAGGUAUGUCAUUUAUGUGAAAAAGGGAACAUACAAGGAAAAUGUUGAGGUUGUGAAGAACAAGAAGAACUUGAUGAUUGUUGGAGAUGGCAUGGAUAAAACAAUCAUCACUGGUAGCCUCAAUGUUGUUGAUGGAUCAACCACUUUCAAUUCUGCCACUCUAGCUGCUGUUGGUGAUGGAUUUAUUGCACAAGACAUUUGGUUCCAAAACACUGCUGGCCCGGACAAGCACCAAGCUGUUGCACUUCGUGUCGGAGCCGAUCAAUCCGUGAUAAACCGGUGUCGGAUCGACGCUUACCAAGACACUCUCUAUGCCCACUCCAAUAGGCAGUUCUACCGAGACUGCUACAUAACAGGUACCGUAGACUUCAUAUUUGGAAAUGCGGCCGUAGUACUUCAAAAUUGUAAGAUAGUGGCACGGAAGCCGGCGAGUGGACAAAACAACAUGGUCACGGCACAAGGUCGGACGGACCCUAACCAAAACACCGGGACUUCCAUUCAAAAAUGCCAAGUAAUCGCAAGUUCCGACUUAGAGCCGGUAAAAGGGACGGUCCGGUCAUACUUGGGCCGUCCCUGGAAGGAAUACUCUAGGACUGUUGUGAUGCAGUCCACCAUUGGUGACCACAUUGAUCCGACUGGGUGGUCUAUAUGGAGUGGAGACUUUGCUCUGAAAACACUAUACUAUGGUGAAUAUGCAAAUAGUGGACCCGGGGCUGGUACCAGCAAGAGGGUGACUUGGGCCGGGUACCAUGUUAUUAAAACCGCAUCAGAGGCCCAAAGUUUCACCGUUGCUGGGCUUAUACAAGGUGGGUCAUGGUUGAAGUCCACUGGGGUUUCUUUUACCGAAGGACUGUGAUCAGUUGUGGACUUGUGGCACAUUCUAUCUCUUUUUCAGUAUUUUGUGCUUUGUUUCAAUAAAUAAGUUUUUUUUUUUUAUGAGAAAUAAAUAAGUUGUUUCUAUCUAUUUUCACU